UUUUUGUUGUGGAAUAUUGUACCUAGGCUAUUAUAGGAUGAGAGAAGAGCAGUUCCUUGCAUUUUCAGUUUUGUUUUCUAUACGUCACCUCCUCAAUUCUACCUCAAUCUUAUUCCUUUUGCCUCUAUUUCUAAUUUUCUGCAAGUUGCUGAAUUGGGUGUAGGGUAAAUUGGUUUUGCUGAAGAGGAGGGAAAGAAGCUGUGUGCUGAAACGGGUUUUCUAUGCUGAAAGAUGCCAAAAUUAGAGGCUAAGUCUGGGAAAUCUACAGAUUGCGCAUUCAAGCUGUUUGGGAGGACAAUCCCUGUAAAGAGCUCGGCAGAUUGUUGUGUUGAUGGGAAUGGAAAUUCAGGAGGGUAUGAUGGGAAGAAUGAGGAGAAAGGAGGCUUGAAACGACCCACCAAGGUCAUUGCCUGCCCUCGGUGUGAGAGUAUGGAUACCAAGUUUUGCUAUUUCAAUAACUAUAAUGUCAACCAGCCAAGGCAUUAUUGCAGGAAAUGUCAGAGAUACUGGACUGCUGGUGGAGCUCUGAGGAAUGUCCCAGUUGGGGCUGGUAGAAGAAAGAAUAAGCCCUCUUUCGGAAUCCAUCAAGGUCAUUUUGUUGAAGUCUCUGAGAAUGUGUGGACUGAUGGGCAGGCUUGUAUUCCCCUAUGCCCAUCUAUGAAUUCUGAUAAAUUGGUGAAAGUUGAGUCGGUUUAUCCUGAAUUGAGAAUUUUUGAUGAGGCCUUGAAUGAGGCAGAAGCGGCAUAUGCACAAGGUAAGUCUAAGCCCCAAUCCCAUCUUCAUAGUUAUUCACAUAGAUUGAAUCUGCCGAGCGAAAAAAUAGUUAAGGAAGGAAGCCUUGGCUCUGAGAAGCCUCUGUGUGGUAUAGAGUUGCCUGAGACUUACACCCAUGUGGGCAAAAGGGUUGGGAGUGGUUAUAUGGAGAAACCCAGUUGUUCAUUCAGUGACAAAACUCAAGUGAGUGCUACCAAAGGAGAAUCAUCAUCUGAGGUGGUUCAGACUGUGGAUGAUGGGGCAUGUGACUCAUCAUUGAAUGGGAUGGUAUCAGCAGGCCCAAAAGCAGAACCUCAAGGCAUGAGGCCUAAUGAUUUUUCAUCAUCAUCACUUCCAUCUUUCUCUUCUAUGGGUGUCAUUGGGAAUUCUUGGCCUUUGUAUUAUAAUGGUUGUUUUGUAAACAUGCCUUCUGGCAUAAGUGCUUCAGGAAGCGUUCAGCUCAAGACAAAUGGUGUGUCCUGGUUUCCCCCAAGCCUAGUGCAUGCUAGCAAUUGGCAUGUGCCUUCUGGUUCAAUAUGGGGACAACAAUGGGGUGUACCAUGGAAGCCAGCUAAUACUGAUUCAGAGUUGAAAACAUUAGGCAAGCAUGAAAGAGAUGAAGCAACACCUGAAAGUAAAACUGAUAGAUCUCUUUGGGUGCCUAAAACCCAGAGAAUAAGUGAUCCAGGAGAAGCAUUAAACAGUUCUUUUGUUGAAAGUUUAGAGGUGGAACGCAAAACGGGAUCCAUCAAAUCAGGUGGAGUCUUUAAAGCAUUUCAAUCUAAGAAAGUGAAAGCGGACUGCGCUAAUACUCAUCCAGUGGAUGUUAUGUGUGCCAAUCCUGCCGAACUCUCAAGAUCAAUCUCUUCUACAGAAAGCAGUUGAUGUCUGUUCCAAUUGUUUUAAAGUUUGUUUCUGGUCCCUUGCUAUGUAUCAAGAAAACAAAUCUUUGAAGUUUGCUUAGCAAGGUUACUGCAUUUACAACUUUGUUGUUGAAGUUCUAGGUGACCUGCUCCGCUUUAAUAAGUUUAUGUUAGUUAGGCAUUUAGGUAGCUGUUUUAUAUUGCUCACCUCCUUCAGUUGGUUGAAUCCUUAAGAAAAGUUGAGGAAGAAGUCCUUUAAAGUUUUCCUGAUGUCUUCCUACCUCAUUUUCUCUGGUCCUAGGCGUUGGAGGGUAUGCAAAUGCAAAAGACAGAAGAGACGUAACCACCUUUGAUUAUAUCAUUUAGGAAUUUUCUUGUCCCUAAGCAAGGACAUAGGAUGAUUAUUUAAGAAAUUUGAAGGGAUGAACUUUUCCCCUUUCUGGUGGUCUCGAAUUCCCUGAAGCCUGAUAAAGGUAUAUUUCAGUUUUCAGAAAUGUUGCAUGAUGCCAAUAAUUUGUACAUAUUCAGAGUUAAUGUUCAUGAAAUAUUGAAGCUCAAGUUACACA